UUGCCGAAGACGGGGACGACGAGCCCUUUCUCCAGCACCAAAUGCCGCUCCACAUGCGCCGUCAAGCCGAGCCACACGUCAAGGACACUUGAUGCCAAGAUGUGGUCGUAGUCAUAGGUCGACGUCUCCAGCUCCCUCUUGCAUUCCAGGAGCAGGGCGGUGCUUGAUCCCAUGAAGGCCGAUCGAACGAACUUGGGCUAUUUAAAGUUCAACUUGUACGGAUAAUCCUGAAAGUGCGUAACCUUAUCCGUAUAUGUACAAUCGUCAAAUGGAUCACGGUGGGGAUGGCGGCGGCGGCGGUGAUUCCAACCCGGCGGGAUUCAAACCCAAGCUCAUUGAACGGAUUCUUCGCAACGUGUGGGACAAUGCCAAGCAAGACGGAGCGGACAUGUACGAGACCAAGUGCGAUGACACAGAUGAUGUCUUGGCGGAUGUGCGCGACAUCACCAAGAUCCAGCCUGACGCACUCAAAAUGACCGCGGAACUCAUGCGACUCUUUGUCCUGGAAGCCCUCCAUCGCGCGCAGGAAGAAGCCAUGAUCGAGGAUAGUUCGCAAGUCGAGUCUCGACACGUCGAGCAGAUCUUGGCGCUACUUUUGCUCGAUUUCUGACCCGGCGAAAUCCCGUUCUAGCAACUAUCAAGACACAAUCUCAUGGACAAGUCGUUCAGUUCUCGCUGUCAGUUGACAGUUUUUCCAAAUCCGAUGUAUUUUCUGAAUAUUGAUACUAAGUUACCGUAAGUCAGUACCAUAGGUUAGUUG